GCGUAACUUCCGGUAGUGGCUCCGUUUCCGGCCUUCGGUUCGCCCGGGACCGGCGCAGGCCUCCGGCAAUUUGAACAGUUUAACUGCAAACAUGGAUAUCAGACCAAAUCAUACAAUUUACAUUAACAAUAUGAAUGACAAAAUUAAAAAAGAAGAAUUGAAGAGAUCCCUAUACGCCCUGUUUUCUCAGUUUGGCCAUGUGGUAGAUAUUGUAGCUUUAAAGACCAUGAAGAUGAGGGGGCAAGCCUUUGUUAUUUUUAAGGAACUGGGCUCAUCCACAAAUGCCUUGAGACAGUUACAAGGAUUUCCAUUUUAUGGCAAACCAAUGCGAAUCCAGUAUGCAAAAACAGAUUCGGAUAUAAUAUCUAAAAUGCGUGGCACUUUUGCUGACAAAGAAAAGAAGAAGGAAAAGAAAAAAGCAAAAACUGUGGAACAGACUGCAACCACUGCAAGCAAAAAGCCUGGUCAGGGAACACCAAAUGCAGCAAAUACCCAAGGAAAUUCAACACCAAAUCCUCAGGUCCCUGAUUACCCUCCAAACUAUAUUUUAUUCCUCAACAAUUUACCAGAAGAGACUAAUGAGAUGAUGUUGUCUAUGCUGUUUAAUCAGUUUCCGGGCUUCAAAGAAGUACGUUUGGUACCCGGAAGGCAUGACAUUGCUUUUGUUGAAUUUGAAAAUGAUGGACAGGCUGGAGCUGCCAGGGAUGCUUUACAGGGAUUUAAAAUCACACCGUCCCAUGCCAUGAAGAUCACAUAUGCCAAAAAAUAACAUAUGGCAUAGUUGUCUUUAAAGGACUUGGUGUUAUUUAAAGUGUUUGUCUUGAUAACAUUUGGUCAGGCCAUUUUAAUAGUUGGGAUGUGGGUGAGUGAAAGAAAUUCUUGUGAAUUUUAAAAAAUAACUUAGUUUUUGUUUAGCCUUAUUGAGCUAUGAAAUAUGAAGGCCUCAAUUUUGUACAAUAAACUUUUAUUCGUAUUCUAUA